UAUCAAGAGUCAUGUAGGGUGUUCGAAAAUAGGUUUGGUUACUGCCAGUAAAAGCAAUACAGUUGGCAGCAGUGAAAAUUAUUGGUGCUGCGUUUCGUUUCUUCCGCCAGUAAAGCCAGUGCCAGUAAUAACAGAGAGAAGUAAUAAACAGCCGAAGUGAUCCCAAAGUCGAAAAAUACUUUUUAGAUACAACUUAUAUAUGUACCCAGAUAACACACACGUCCAAAAUCGGGACAUAAGCAUAUAAUUAUAAUUUUGUUUUUGGUGCUACAAAGAAAUGGAGACAUUUGUACAAUGUAAAAAUAUCUCUCUACAUGAUGAAGAGGACAAUAACCAACAACUGAUUGAUUUAAAAUUACUUGAUGAAGCAACAAAUGUCCAAUAUAAUAUAAAAGUACAAAAGGAAAUGUAUACUCGUGCUCAUAAUGACAUGAUAUUUGCUACUACAUUAUUAGAAAAAGCAAAAACAUUACUUAAUUCCAAAGAUACAUAUAAUUCUGUUUCACCAAAAAAUAUUAUGGCAAAUGAUAGUCCUAACCUAGUUAAACCUAGUUUAAGCACAAGUGUAGUUCUUAAUGACACUGAAAAUAUACUUCAAGAUAAUACUACUUCUGACAGUGAAAACAUUUCAGAUACACAAGACACAGAGGUAAAUAAAGAAAAAUGGGAACAUAGAGCUAUACUUCUUCUAAUAUCGUUAUAUAAAGAAAAAUCAUAUAUGCUGCAAAAAGGUAGUCAUAAAAAACUGUGGACAGAAAUUUCUCAGUGCAUGAAGGAAAAGAAAUACAAGUUUACUGGCAGUCAGUGCAAUAACAAAAUGGAUGCAUUAAAGAGACGAUAUCGUCAAAUUAUUGACCACAAUGCUCAAAGUGGGAACGAUAGAAAGGAAUGGAUAUAUUUAGAUGUGUUAGAUGAGAUUUUGCGAAAGAAAAAUUGGAUAAAACCAUUAGCUGUAGCAGGAUCAAAUAUUAAAGAAUCUGAACAUUCACCAUUAACUGAUAACAAUGAUGAAAAUGAACCACCAACUAUUAUGAUACUUAACGUAACGUGUCAAAGGAAAACUUGUGGUCCUGACAUUACCAGUGCGUGGCUUUAUACAUCGCGCGCGCGCACGCGUGUGUGUGUAUGCGUGCGUGCGUGCGUGUUGCGAUAGGAAAAAUCGGAAGGAAUAGGUAAGAAUUCAAAAAUUUAAUUUAUAUUUUAUAAUUUAUAUAUUUUUAAAAUUUUACAUAUAAUAUUAUUUAAUUAUCGUGUUUUCCACGCGUCUUUCGUACGGAAAAUUGAGUCCUCGCUGGGAAUACCUGCUAGUACGCAAUCACCCACGUCCUCUCCCGCGUCGUUCCAAUCCUAAAAAAAUAAUAUAAACAAAUAGUUUAAUAGUGUCCAGAUAUUACAUAUUUAAUAGACUAUAAUAUGAUAAACAUUAUAUAGAAAUAUUUAUUACUAAUUUGCUGCUGCUAUGCCUCUUGGGCUGAGAACGCAGACUGAGGCUGCUCUGCCAUUGCUUUAGCAGCUCUUUAUUUUGCAGCAACAGCGAUUGUUGCUGUCGCUGCUGUUGCUUUCAUAUUGUUGCUGCAUUUCUUGCAACUUCUGCCCUAAGGAAGUGACAUCAUCUUCCUCCAAAAGCAUUCGCUGUCGCAUUCGAAAGAUUUUCAUCUUCUGAAUAAAAGAUAAUAAAAUAUUGUAUAUAAUAUAGUAGACUAUAUUGAAAUGCGUGGUAUAAAAAUUGUGUCACUAAAGCUUAUCGGUGACCAUAGAACCGUAUUUAAAAAAAAGAAGGAAUAAUUCGUGAGGUGUGAUAAAUAAAAGUUGUUAUACAUAAAACGUUAAAACCUGUCAGAAAAUAGCUAACAAUUAUACUAAAAAUAUUUACUAUGUUUUAAUAAAAUAUAUACGUAAAAUAUGUAUUCAAAAUAAAC